GCCCUUGGCUUGCCCUGUCCAUUUUUCACUUGUUCACUUCUUUGAUUCAUAAGGAAUAAGACGUGUAAGAAAUAUGGUGGAAACUUGCUUUGAACACGGCUAGCCCUUGCUUACACCAACCCAUUGUUUUUAAAUGUGUGGGGAGGAGUGCAUUCUUUGAGAGAAAGCACAGAGAAUUGGGACACAUCAUAGUGUAGAGGUGUGUCCACAACAGCAGAUGAGGGAAGAUGUUGGCUAUGGACCAAGGAGUGGUGGAGGAGUGGCUGUCAGAGUUUAAGACCCUUCCUGACAGUGCAGUGUCCAGCUAUGCAGCGUCUCUGAAGGAGAAAGGCUCCCUGGUCCCAGCGCUCUACAAAGUCAUCAGGGAGAACUACAGUGAUUUGUUAGAGCCAGUGUGUCACCAGUUGUUUGAGUUCUAUCGUAGCGGAGAGCCACGGCUGCAGCGGUUUGUUCUCCAGUUCCUCCCUGAGCUGCUCUGGUCCCUCCUCCUGGCUCCGUCUGCAGCCAGGGACCCACAUACCUCUGGCUGUAUAGAGGCCCUGCUACUGGGGAUAUAUAAUCUGGAGAUUGUAGAUAAGGACGGACAGAGUAAAGUCCUUUCUUUCACUGUCCCCUCCCUCUCCAAACCCUCAGUCUACCACGAGCCCUCCACCAUUGGCUCCCUGGCGUUGACGGAAGGGGCUCUAGCUAAUCAUGGGCUGCGUAGAGUGGUGUACAGCGGGCCUCACCUACAGAGAGAAACCUUCACGGCUCAGAACAGGUUCGAGGUGCUGACCUUCCUGCUGCUGUGUUACAAUGCAGCUCUCAGCUACAUGACCUCUUCAUCUCUGCAGUCCCUCUGCCAGCUCAGCUCCAGGGUGUGUAUCUGUGGUUACCCGCGGCAACAGCUAAGGAGGUAUAAAGGCAUCAGCUCUCGUCUGACCGUCACCUCUGAGUUCCUGGUCCAACUCAUCACUGGGAUACAUUACGCACUGUGUAAUGGGGAGAUGGACCUGGGUUCCAAGGCACUGGAUGAUGUUCUGUAUCGAGCUCAGCUAGAACUGUACCCUGAAGCUCUACUGGUGGGUAAUGCCAUCAAGUCGUCCCAACAGUGUGCUGCGCUGAAGUCUGGUGCUAGUAAGGAAGGAGCUCGCAGCAUUCAGGUGGAGAUCACUCCUACUUCCUCUAGGAUUUCACGGAAUGCGGUCACGUCACUCUCUAUCAGAGGACACCGCUGGAAACGCCAUGACGCAGUGGAUUUGGGUUCCCCGGAUGAGUUGAUGGAUAUCUCUGAAGUUGACGAAGGGGUGUGGCCUACAGGAGGGGCUGGCCUGGACUCACUGACUCCACCUACCAUCACUAUCAGCAACAGCGUUACCCCUGGGGUGGGAGGGGCCAAGACAGGAAGCAGGAAGUGGCAUCUAGGCGGACGGUUGCAUAAGGAGAAGGAGGCUUGUCCUCCAGGGGGUCAGACCCUGGGCGAGAACCUGGAUCUGUCAAUCAAACGUCUGACGCUGACGUCCAGCCAAUCGGUGCCCAAGGGGCCGAGCCAUAGCGCACUGAGCAGCCUAUCGCGUACAGCCAGCGCUGUGUUCUCACGCUCCUUUGAGGGAAACAACACCGGAGGAAACCGUGGCAACCCCGAGGUUGGCCGCUAUUCGUGCAGUGGCAGCCUGCAGGAGGAGGAGUUAGGCUAUCUAAGCCCCACCCCCAACCACAACCAGCGCUCGCCCAGCAUCAGCGUGCACUUUAGGAGCGACCUGUGAACCCUGUCCUCUAACUCUUGAGCUCUCACCCCCAUCUCAAUCCUCUAACCCCAUGCCCCUGUACCUGUGACCUGUAUUCCCAGCCUGCCAGAAGGACUGGAACACAUUCCCUCUUAUCCCCAUCCUUUCCUCACCAUCCCCCUUUCUUUCCUAUACAUACCAUUCUUCAUCUCUUUCUCUUCUUCUUCAGUAGGACAGCUGCCCCCUCUAGAAACUGGCUUCUCCCCUACCCUUCCUCUCUCUCCAAAGCAAGUCCAUCCCUCCGCCCUGGAACUACAGAACCACCAGACAGAUCUGCAGACUGUUUUCUGAGAGGGUUUGGAAAUUGAGUAUUUAAGACUCUUGUUUGACUUGUUUGGCUUUCUGUACAUCCCUCCCGACCACGUCCCCAUCACCGGGCAAGUACGGUGUUUGUGAGCUUGUGUGUGUGGGAGCUUGCAUGUGAGUGUGAAUGCAAUAAAGUGUUGGCAACAGUUGUUAGAAUAAAGGUUGCUGAUUGCUGCAAUGAACAAGGUGUGAUACUCCCAAAAAUAAAAUGAAAAUAAAUAUAGUCUCUAGUGAAACUUUUUUUUUUUUUUUUUUUUUUUUUUUUUCAGAUGCCCUCUCUUUCCCCUCACCGUACUUAUCAUGCACUAGGCCCAAGUGUCUAGGGUUUGAUCGAACCCUAACACAAUGUGACCUCCACACUCCCAAUUGCCAUAGCAAAUAUUUAUUCAUCCAGUCUGAAUAAUUCUGCAUUCCACAAAAAUGAUUAAAUGACAGACCACAAAAAUGAUAAACCAAAAAGAAUCAUUAGUCUUUCAUGUUCACAUGUGAAGAGUAUUGAUUGAUGUCAUCCUACUAGAAGCAAAAUUUAUCUCUCUGUAGUUUUCUCCCAGGUCUGAUCAACAAACAAGCUGAUUGGGGUCAUUUAUGUUUCUGAUUAAUAAAUUGAUUGGGGAUGGGUUUGUUAAGUUUGUAUGAUAAUGUAUAAACUGUUUGUAUGAUGUAAACGGUGGAAUUUUCCUAUGACUGAGAGACUUGGGUUUUUAAAUCUAGAUGCAACAAUAUAUCAAAAGCAGUGGGGCGCCUACCUGCUUACGGUAUUGAUAUGCAUAAGCAGAAAGUCACCCUGUUGUCAAUGCUGAUGUCAUAUUGCUACGUUUACCUUUAACUGUGGUGUUCUAUGUACGACAGACAGUGUUUAGAAAUGUGGUAUAUUCCUACGAGAGGGAGGGAGGGAGAGCCAGUUGUUGUUUGAGCCGUAUUGAAUCUCCUCAGUGUUAAAGAACAAGAAGAAUCCAACCCAAACCUGCACGAUACAUGCCUGACUCCCAAACCACACCACCACCAAACCGAACACACCCCUAUACCUAGGAGUAGUGGUUAUAGGGGCGAGGGAACAUUGGUAUGCUUAUACAAGCUAGGGAAUAGGUUUAUUUGAGUUGGUUUGGGAUUAGGCCUGUAAACUGUCCUCUCCUCCAAACUCUUUCUACUCUGAAGUGUCAGUACAGUAAUGUUGUUUGGUUGAUCUUUAUUGAGUGAUUGGUUGAUUUAACUUAUUAUAUAUAUUUUUUAUGUUAACAUGAACUUGACUGUGUUUGUCUGUUCUCUGGUUCAUCAUCACCUGCUUUAUAACAUAACGGAAAUUGAGGAUACAGACAAAGAACACGCUCCCUUUGAGGAGAGGCGCACUGGCUGAACAUUUUAAGUCAACGAUGGCACGACAGUCACACUCCAUUUGGUGGCAAUGAAGUUCACUGUGGUGCAGACGGAGAGAAGAGUAUCGGGUGUAGGUCAUGUGUUACUGAACAUCUGAAUGCAGAAUAAAGUCUGCCCUACUGGAACCUUUGUUCUAGAACCAGUGUUCUAGAUCUGUUUUUAUAUUCAUACGGUGGAACAAUAACAAUCAUGUAUUCUGUUGCUUUAUGGAAUGUCAUGAAUCUGUACAUAUUGUUGUUCGACUUCAGUUGUUGGUUUGGCCUUUCUGUCUGAAGAUAACGCUCUGCUAGAGCUACUCUCUGAGAAUAAAAUUGUUCUAUAUUUCACUAUA